AUGAAUCUAGAAAAUAUAUCCUUAUCAGAAAAAACCAAAAAUAAUUUGCACCAGGCUGGCUAUAGCCAACUGACUAACAUUCAAUUACAAACUAUUCCUCCUGUGUUGGCGGGUCAAGAUAUUAUCGCUCAAUCCCAGACGGGAACCGGCAAAACGGCCGCCUUUCUAAUUCCCAUUUUGGAGAAAUUAACUGUAAUUCAUAAACCCCAAGUACUUAUUUUAGUCCCCACCCGUGAACUGGCUUUACAAGUGAGCGAAGAAGCUCGUAAAUUGUCUCCUCAUAACAGUUUACAAGUAGCAGCCGUUUACGGCGGUGCACCAAUUUACCAACAAUUACAGGCUUUUCGUCGGGGCGUUGACCUAGUGGUAGGAACUCCCGGCCGAAUUAUCGACCACAUUUUCACGCGCCAAAGUCUCCGUCUGGAUCACCUAAAAUUCGUCGUUCUGGACGAAGUGGACGAAAUGAUUAGCAAAGGAUUUUUGCCGGAAAUUGAAAAAAUAAUGAAAAAAAUCCCGACGCAACGCCAAACCUUACUUUUUUCCGCCACCAUUUCUCCGGAAGUAGAAAGGUUUGCUCGCCGCUUCGCUCGUGAGCCCAUUCUUAUCACCAGUUCUACCGACGAUUUGCCUAGCAACACCAAGCAUUAUUAUCUAGAAACAGCUUCCUGA